AGAAGGGGCUUUUAGGGUUCAAGAGUGGCGGGUUGGGGUUUUACUGAGUUCUCCCUCUAACUGUUAGGGUCUCUGUCUCUCUCUCUCUCUCUCAUUUCUGCUUUCUGGAGCUUCUCCAUUUCCUCUGUGCGAGUCCAGCUUCACCAUGUGGGCGCUUCGUCGAGCCUCGAAUCCUCUCAAGAAUCAAGGAUUCAUUUUUAGAACUUCUCAAGCCUGUGUUGCUAAAGCAGAAGUAGCAAACUCUUACUUAGAUGGAAAUGCAAGUAAUAGUGACUCCAACUUUGUAAUAGCUGACAGAUGCAUGUCACUGAAGAGAUUUUAUGGGGUCCAUGCUUCUCCGAAAUUGCUUAUGUGGCACUGCAGUUUCUCGUCACAGGCUGACACAAAAGACAGUGCACAAGAUGACGACUUGGAGGAUGGGUUUUCUGAGCUUGAAGAUCCUGCUAGUGCUAAUGUGUUUAAAAACAAAAAUCUAGAUGAAACAAAUGAAGAUGAGCUGAUUUCUGAACCAGAGCUCUCCGAAGAAGAAGAUGAUGGUCAUGAUGCUGGAGAACCUCAAGAUGAACUAAAACUAUCUGAUAGUGAGGCAAAUGUAGAUGAGAAAAAAACUCCAGGAAAGAGAGCUUCUUCACGAUUGGUGAAGGCUAUCAUUGAAGCUCCACCUUCCUCUGUUCAGAGUGCUUUGAUUAAAUGGGUUGAGGAGGGGAAUGACUUGACAAAGGAAGUGAUAUGGUCUAUCAUGCUCAACCUUCGGAAGUGGCGGAUGUUUGGAAAGGCCUUACAGAUCUCUGAGUGGCUGAUAUCAACCAAACGGGUUGAUUUUGUUGAGAGAGACUAUGCUUCUCACCUUAGUUUGAUCAGUAAGGUACAUGGUCUCCACAAGGCUGAGGCCUACAUUAAGAAGAUCCCAGAAUCGUUCAGGGGAGAAGUAAUCUACCGAACUCUUUUGGCCAGUUGUGUUAGUGCCAGCAAUGUAAAGAAAGCCGAGGAAGUGUUUAACAAAAUGAGGGACCUUAACUUCCCACUCACAAGCUUUGCAUGCAAUCAGUUACUCCUCCUAUAUAAGAGAAAUGACAAGAAGAAAAUAGCAGAUGUGUUGUUACUAAUGGAGAAAGAGAACCUGAAACCAUCUGCCUUCACUUAUAAGGUCCUGAUAGAUGCCAAAGGCCAAUCGAAUGACAUAGUGGGAAUGGAUCAGAUUGUUGAGACAAUGAAAGCUGAAGGGAUUGAACCUGACCUUAGCACGCAAGCCCUAAUGGCUAAGCACUAUGUCUCUGGUGGGCUCAGAGAAAAGGGCGAGGCUGUUCUGAAAGAGAUGGAACAAGGCAACGCAAAAGAGAACCGCUGGGCCUGCCAUGCUUUGCUUCCUCUGUAUGCUGCCCUUGGGAAGGAUGAGGACGUGGGCAGAAUUUGGAAGGUUUGCGAGUCUAAUCCCAGACUCCAGGAGUGCAUGGCUGCCGUAGAAGCUUGGGGGAAAUUAAAGAGAAUUGAAGAAGCAGAGGCGGUCUUUGACAGGAUGUUAAAAACAUGGAAAAAGCUAAAUUCAAAGCAUUAUUCUGCGCUCCUGAGAGUUUAUGCAGACAACAAGAUGUUGGCCAAGGGAAAGGAUCUGGUGAAGCGAAUGGCGGAAAAUGGCUGCCGAAUUUGCCCGCUGACGUGGGAUGCGCUCAUUAAGCUUUACGUGGAAGCAGGGGAGGUAGAAAAGGCGGACUCGGUUCUGCAGAAGGCUGCCCAGCAGAAUCAGGUGAAGCCAAUGUUCAGUUCUUACGUGAACAUUAUGGAGCAGUAUGCCCGGAGAGGCGACGUACAUAACUGUGAAAAGAUGUUUCAUAGAAUGAGACAAGUUGGGUAUACGGGUCGCCUCCGGCAGUACCACAUUCUUGUCCAGUGUUACAUUACUGCCAAGGCUCCGGCUUAUGGCAUCCGAGAAAGGAUGAAGGCGGAUAAUAUUUUCCCCAGCAAGUCGCUGGCUUCGCAGUUGGUUCUGGUCGAUGCUUUUAGGAGAACGGCUGUGUCGGAUCUGCUCGAUUGAGGCAGAUGGCUGGCUGGCUGUCCCAACACUUUCGACGAAGUCCCAAAUGAGGUAUAUUAGUUAAUUUGUCCUUACUGCUUCCAACAACAUUUUGGUUCAUGCUCUGCUUCUAUGCUUAGUCUUGUUACUACUGGUUUCUAACUGGGCCGUUUGGUUCAUCGUCCAUAUAGUGGUAGUGUAGUAGUGAGGGACUAUAUAAAUAUUUGUCACAUUUGACAUUUUCAGGGCUUACCUUAGAUGGUACGUAAUUUGUUUUAUGUUUAUUGUGCGUGAAAAUAUAAAUGAGGUAUUAGUUGCCAUCAAA